AUGGUGUCGUCAGCUAGCAUGCAAUGGAUUUUUGACCAAAACCAGAAACGAUACCUAGACUUUUUUGCUGGAAUUGUCACGGUUUCAGUAGGUCAUUGUCAUCCCCGACUCGUCAAAGUUCUUCACGACCAGGCCCAGACAUUGUGGCAUACAACUGCAAUUUACGUUCACCCUCAAAUCGUGAGUUACGCCCAAAAAUUGGUGUCUAAAUUUCCAGAUCCACUCAAGGUUGUUUACUUUGUGAAUUCGGGAGCUGAAGCAAUCGACAUGGCGCUACUUUUGGCUCGCCUACACACUGGAAAUAUUGAUAUUCUGGCACUUAGAAAUGGUUACAGCGGACGCAGUUUUGGCGCUAUGGGAACAAGCGCAGUUCCAAAAUGGAAUUUCAACACUCCCACUAGACACGGAAUUAUUCAAGUUGGAAUGCAAGUCGACCCUUACAGAGGUCAUUUCGGUGGGUCUAACUGUCGUGACAGCUUGUCUCAAGUGAUUAAUCGACCUUGCAAUUGCCAAUCAGGAUACUGUGAAGCUUCUGACAAAUAUGUGCAAGAAGUUCAGGAAACUAUAAAUUACAUGACCAGUGGCAAUGUUGCUGGAUUUAUCAAUGAGGGAAUUUUAGGAGUGGGCGGCGUUGUCCAGUUUCCAAAGCAUUUCGUCAGGCAAACCUAUGAUUUGAUUCGAAAUCAUGGGGGUGUCUGUAUUGCCGAUGAAGUUCAGACUGCGUUUGGUAGACUUGGAUCUCACUACUGGGCAUUUGAAAGUCACACAGUCGUUCCCGAUAUAGUCGUCAUGGCGAAAGGCAUCGGCAACGGGAUUCCUCUAGCUGCGCUAGUGACGACUCCGGAAAUUGCAAGGAAUUUGACAAAAGCACUUUAUUUUAACACGUACGGUGGGAACCCAAUUUCAACUGCAGUUGGAGAAGAGGUAUUGAAUAUUAUCGACGACGAAGGAAUGCAAGAAAAAUCGAAAACAUUGGGCGAAAAACUAAUCAAGGGUCUAAAAACUAUACAGCAUGAGUUUGAGAUAAUUGGUGACGUUAGAGGCAAAGGUCUAAUGAUCGGUGUAGAGCUAGUAGAAAAUAAGCAAACUAAGCAACCCCUCAAUCAAGACAAAUUCCUCAAAAUUUUCGAAGAUCUAAAAGAUAUGGGAUUACUGGUCGGAAAAGGCGGAGCAUAUGGGAAUGUUUUUAGGCUAAAGCCUCCAAUGUGCAUUGAAGAAAACGACGUGGAUUUCGCUCUGGAGGUAUUCAGAUUUGUGGUGAAAGAAAAUUCGAAAAUGUGA